CCUCCAUCAUUCCCUGUUAUAUAUGUUCCCUUUCUUCCAACCGCUCCAUCACACUACAUUCCAUAUUGCCUUUUCUUGUCUCUUGUGUUUUCAAUACACCCCAUCUGCUGUAUGACACCAUGUACGUAUUGCCCAUAUAUAUUGUUGAUGAGGUUCAGGUCGAGAAGCUUAGCCGUACACCCAUUCCACACGCAGCUUGUGGGGGAGCGACCGUUAAAGCGGCCCACAGCAGAGGCAAGCGCAUUGGUGUUUCUGCUGUCAGAGAGCAAAUCACCAAUUUCGAGCAGAUUGGGUCUCAAAGGGGUAGCAGCCGCAACGCUAUGCACUAAAAGCAGUGCUGCACCAACGAGGGUGGCAAGUUCGAAAUUCAUGGUUUUGUUCAGAGAAAGGCUUUGUGGAAAGGCAGGCUGGGAAUGCCACUGGAUGUGUGCAUGGUCAGACACAAAGCAUGAGCUUGAAUGGUGCGGCUGGACGACUGACGUAAAGUGAAGUUGGUGAGAGAGCGAUAGGGCUGGUGUAUGGUGUGCAGGCUGAGAAAG